AUGAAAUCAAUUAAUUGGUCCAAAAUAUCGUCGGAUAAAAUUAUAUCCGCAGAUAAACCAAACCUAUGGAGUCUUGUGGCGGCUCAGCAUAAGUCGGACUUUCAUCCAAACGUGGAUUUCAGUGAACUCGAGGAACUGUUUCGCCAGUCGUCUAAUAACUCUGCGCCCAAUUCAUGUCCGGGUUCUCCACGUCUACAACGACGACCGCAUUCAUCGGAAAUCGUUGGCUCGCCUUUCAAUAGUCUUGAAAGGAAAACACUGAAAAGAUUGAGCGGAGAAUAUCAGACACCCGUUGAAUUGCAACUAUUGGACGCCAAAAAGUCAUUGAAUGUGAAUAUAUUUCUUAAGCAAUAUCGAGGAAGUAUUGAAGAGUUGACUAAUAAAAUCUCGUGCGGAGACCACAAAGAAAUCGGAACCGAAAGAUUGAAAAAUCUGUUAAAAAUACUUCCGGAAAGCAAUGAAAUUGAAUUACUCAACAAUAAUAGCGAAGAAUCUCAUCGAUUGCCGAUCGCAGAGAAGUUUUUGCUAAACUUAAUAAAAAUUCCCAAUUAUUUGCUUCGAAUUGAAGGAAUGCUUUUGAAGGAAGAAUAUUAUUCAAACGUUACAUAUUUAGAGCCCGCCAUUCAAUUGGUUAGAAAUGCUGCCAAAGAGAUCAAAGACAGCAAUUCAUUGCAUGAGAUAUUGUAUUUGAUAUUAGUUUUUGGCAACUUUUUAAAUUCGGGCGGUUAUGCUGGAGAUGCGGCCGGUUUUAAAAUGAUGUCUUUACUUAAAUUGCCUGAAAUUAGAGCCAAUAAACCGGGAUUUAAUUUAAUACAUUACGUAGCGAUGCACGCAGAGAAAAAAGGGUUACAGAACUUUAGUUCAGAGCUUCCGAGUCUGGAUGAGGCCUCGAAAAUAUCCGUCGAAAACCUUCGAUUAGAUGUUAAUUCGUUGUCCAACAAAAUCCGUUCACUUAAAGAGCAAAUCAAGAAACAGAAAAAGGAUUCAUCGCUUCAUAAAGAAAUGGAUAGUUUUCUCACUUCUAGUGAACGAGAAGUUAAAAAACUAUCGGUUGGUGUCGAGACUCAGUUGAAUGAAAUACGUGUAGAAAUGGCAGAAUUUUUGUGCGAAGAAUUGGAUCGAUUCAAACUCGAAGAAUGUUUUCGGGUUUUCUCAGCGUUUUGUCAACGCUUUAAAUUAGCGAUCGAUGAAAAUGAGAGAAGACGUGAAAACGAGCUGAAACUGGAGGCCCGGAAGUCAAACUCACAGUUAAAACGAUGGACUAAUAGCACAGACUCUGAUAGCUUUCUGAUAGAAAAUAGUUUAACGCCAACUAAUUCUAGCAAUUGUUUAACAAAUUUAAUGAGCAGUUCAUUCAAUGGAGAAAAUAAACUGAAGCGAAGGUCGAGAAGAAAUUCACAGGAAGACGAUCUCCACACCGGACUAAUGGAUCUCUUGAAGACAUCCAAUGAUUUCGGAAGUAAUGAAAUACCGAUAUUUGGCGGAAGUUUUAGACGAAUGGGAAGCGGAAGACGAAGUCGUACUUCAAUUCCUAUUUUUGAUUCAGACCUAAACAGUAGAGACAGGAAUACAAACGAUUGCAAAAUUAAAGAAGAAACCAAUGAAGUGAACGAAAAGGAAAAUAUGAGCGCAAAACUCAAAGCGGACACAGAAUUUGAAAACAAAAAUUUAGAAAAUAAUCGCAAAGACGACGGACAAGUCAUAAGCCGACCCUCGACUCUAUAUUUGUCCAACAAUUACAGCAGUCAACCGACAGCAGUCAUAACGCCCACAAAACUGAUUAGAGAUGACGACACUUCGGCUGAGAGACCACAUCUUCUGUCGCCUAUAUUAACGUUAGAGAGCGAGAGACUUAACAGAAGUGGUUGUCUUCCGCGUCGGACAAGUAUUUCCUCGCCGUCGACGGCAACUGCGGCCGCAAUUGUUUCUCCCAUUCAAUUGAACGAUACGAUUGAGAAAUGCAUUCCAAGCGCUCCAUUAAAAUCCAAACUUCCUCUUCCCGACGCCAUCGACUGUCAGCCGAACAAACAUGACUUCAGACGUGGGCUCAAUAUCAUCGAUGAAGCGCUCGACACAAUACUUAUCACCGAAUCGAUCGUUUAUGAAACAAACCUCUUCUUCAGCAGCAAAGAGUCGAAUCAAUUCUCGAUUUUAAUUUAUACACAAUUCUACUGA